AUGAAUACGUUUAAAAAGCAGAAUUUCCUUGCUAAGAAAUACCAUCAGACCCAGGCCAAUGUUCGGGGCAAGUACAGGUCAUACUCUGCCAAUGAUUUGCAUGAGGCAUAUACUGUAGUGGUUGAGCAAGGUCUACCUGUUGAGAGAGUUGCCAAAUGUUUCAACAUUCCUAUCACUACACUGAAGGACAGAGUGAAGGGCAGAGUGCAUAUUGAUACUGUCAGGUCUGGUCCUCAAACCAUGUUUACGUUGGAGCAAGAGGCUUUUCUCUGCAAACAUUUAACAACUAUGGCUGAGAUAGGAUUUGGUUAUUCAAGACAAGAGACAAUCAAUCUUGCAACAGACUAUGCUGUACAUUUGGGAAUCCGGGAGAAAAGCAAACCUUUUAGCCUCACGUGGCUUUACAGUUUUCUUGACAGAUGGCCUGAAUUAAAGGUGAAAAAGCCACGCAGUCUAGAAAAUGCUCGUGCAAAAUCAGCAACACGCCCUACUAUUGACCGGUAUUUUACUGAACUGAACUCCAUCCUUACCAAGUACAACUUGAAGGAUAAGCCCUCCCACAUUUUUAACAUUGAUGAAAAGGGCCUUAAUCUGGAACAUAAACCUCCAAAGAUUGUUGCAGGUGCUCAUAACAAAACGCAAGCCGUAACAGCUGGAAGGUCCAAAACAGUUACUGUUAUUGGUGGUGGAAAUGCUCUGGGUCAACAGAUACCACCAUUUUUCAUUUUUCCAGGAGCUAGGAUGCAGCCAGCAUUGAUGGAAGGGGCAACACCAGGGGCUAAUGGAACCGUAUCAGAAUCUGGUUGGUCCAACACAGAGAUCUUCGGUAAAUAUAUGAAGGAACACUUAGAGCCACUUUUGCCAGCACGAAGCAGUGACAGCCCAGUACAGAUAUUGUAUGAUGGUCAUAAGAGCCACGUAUCACUAGGGUUAGUAGAGUGGGCACGAGAGCAGCACUUAUCUUUGUUUGUACUUCCACCACAUUGCUCGCACUUGUUACAGCCCAUGGACGUGUCAUGCUUUGGUCCAUUUGAAGUUGGCUGGAAUGCAGCAUGCCACCACCACAUGAGGGAGUCAGGUGGGCGUGUAGUCACACGGUACGAGGUGGGCCACAUCGCGAGCAAGGUAUACAGCUCUACUGUGACACCUUUAAACAUACAGUCAGCAUUCAAGCGAUGUGGAAUAUUCCCCUUCAAUCCUGAUGUCAUCAGUGACAAAUCCAUAGCACCAUCAUUGACAUUUCAGCCACGUCCUGAACCUAGCACAUGUCCUGAUGAGCAACAAG